AUGGAUCUUGAGAACGCUGUAGAAUCAGGGAAUGAUAAAGUUAGAAUAGGGUCUGGGCCAUCAGCAAGUGGUCUUGCCAAGAAACUUAAAUCGUACCAAACAGUCCAUAUCAUUCACUUCCUCUGUGACGCACUGAAGCCAUUGACUCAAUUGGCUCUGACUUUCGAGACAAAUAACAUUGACUUGUCAGUGAUAAAACCAAAGAUGGAUUCCACAGUCUCUGCGUUAAAAAAGUUGAAAACAUCGCCAGGAGUUAGCUUGCGCAAGGCAUCAAAGCUAAUGGAUGACUUCGAAAUAAGUCCCACCGAACAAAAAAGAAGUGUUGUACAUGCAGCUGAAAACAAAUUCAUUGACAAUCUUAUAGACAACAUAGAGAGUCGGCUAGAGAAUAGUGAUAUUAUUGACGCAAUGAGCAUAUUUAACAUGUCAGGGAAAGGGUCUUUUGAUGGAAAUGAUGAAAUUGAACUGUUGGCUGAACACUUCAGUGAGGAUGUAGACUCUGCUUUGUAUGAGUGGGAUUCACUCAAAGACUGUGUAGCUGAACUUGAUCCAGUGGUGAAAAACAGUCCCUCUGUCCUCCUUAAGACACUUAUGACAGUUUCCCCCACUACCGGUAACACCUAUCCUGUUGUGACAAAAUUAUGUUCAACAGCCGCUGUUCUCCCCGUCAGCACUGCUGAGGUUGAGCGUGUAUUCUCAAGUGUAAAUAGAAUUGUGACAGACUUAAGAAAUAGGUUAAGUGUGGAAAACACAAAUAAACUUCUGCAUGUGAUAAAAAAUGACCAAUACAUCAAUUACCAAGCAGUGGUUAAGAGAUGGCUGAAGGCAAAGCCUCGUAGAAUUUGA